AACUGCCUUUUUUAUUAUUAUUAUUAUACCCGUCGAUUUGAAGCAGGUGAUGUCGCUCAUUCAGAGACUUUUAUGUAAUAUCCGGCAGAGCUUUAUAAACUUCCGCUCCGUUCGAUUUUUAAGCCUUUUCCUCUAGACCGGCUCAAUAUGGGGCGCGUGAGAACCAAGACCGUGAAGAAAGCCGCUAGGGUGGUCAUCGAGAAGUACUACACCCGCCUGGGCAAUGACUUCCACAUCAACAAGAGAGUGUGCGAGGAGAUCGCCAUCAUCCCCAGCAAACCUCUGCGCAACAAGAUCGCGGGGUAUGUGACCCAUCUGAUGAAGCGCAUUCAGAGGGGUCCUGUCAGAGGCAUCUCCAUCAAACUGCAGGAGGAGGAGAGAGAGAGACGGGAUAACUACGUCCCAGAGGUCUCUGCAUUGGAUCAGGAGAUUAUUGAGGUUGAUCCAGAUACAAAGGAAAUGCUGAAGACUUUCGACUUCGGCAACGUCUCCAACUUGCAGGUCACCCAGCCAAGUAUUGGAAUGAACUUUAAAACACCCAGAGGAGUCUAAAGGUGUAAUUUACCAGAAGUCAAUAAAGACUGCAAAACAAAGAA